AUGGAUCCCAACGGAUUCUACUCGUUCGACCAAAACGCCCUCUGGCAGCCUGCUGUCACCGACUUGUUCGAGCCUCCAACGGACAACAACGAAGCCACGGCCUUUGGUGGGCACACCUCGUUCUACAACGAGUUUUCCAACUCAGGCGCCGUUGGCCCCUCUGGUUUUGCACCCAACGGCAACGGCAUUUCGGAUGAGAACUACUCUAUGUCUUCCCACCCACUCCAGCCACCAGCUACGAAUGCCUGUCGCGCUUCCGUCGGGCAAUACUCCGACAUUGUUGGCACCGACAACUCAUUGCUUUCCAAUUGGAGUGCUUUUCUCGGCACCGACCCAGAGACGCAUUACUUUGCGCAAAACACCGGAGAUUCCCAUCCUCAGCAGACCAGCAUUCGACCCACAACCGAUAUCGAUUACUCGACUUCCACGAUCUCCAACAACAACGCUACUUCACCCGCACUUUACCCCUUCAACCAUACGGACCCUUCGCUAAACUACGUUCUUGGGCCUGACGCCUCUAUGAGCGGAGAUUUUCAAGUUAACGGAUCUUAUUCGUUCAACCAAAUCAAUCUUGGCCAGUGUGGUUGGAAUGCUGUCCCCAAAACACCCUGCCAGCCCAAGGUGACACCCAACGCCCUUUCUGCCCCAAGGGGUUUAGUUCCAGGAUCAUCAACGCAUGCUGAUUUGGUACCGUCCAUAUCUGACACAUUCGGCAUACCGCCACAGAGACAAUUCGUAGGACAACCUAUUAUGUGCGAUUGGCCAGCUUGUACGUUAGUGGAGAACUUUGUUGAUGCUGCCGCUCGAUCUUGCCACAUCACAAUCGCCCAUAUCGAAAAGGUUCGAGAUGACACUUCUGGCGCUUGCACAUGGCCUGGUUGCAAGUCAAAGCUCAAGUUCCCCACCAAGGCCCGCCUUAACAAUCAUAUCGACAAUAUCCAUGUCGACCCACUCAGAUGCCUUGUUCCCGGGUGCAAACGCAAAUUGCCUUUCGAGAGGAAAGGAGAUUUGGAGCGCCACAUAGCUACAGUCCAUGAGCGGCGAGGCACAUGGAAAUGCCCUCAACAGGGUUGCCCCCGACACUAUCGUGGAUUCUCAAGGACAGAUAAGCUUAGAGAACAUGCCAGAUCCCAGAGCCACAGCACCCUUUACUGUCCUUAUGAUCACUGCUAUUUCAAUGUUUGCCGUGCAUUCAUGACAGACGCGGAAGUUUCAUCUCAUUGUCGCAGUCACCAUGCUGAAUUUGAGUGUGGGAUUGGGUCGUGCGCCAACUCAAACUCCUGCUUCGACGAGAAGAGAUUUCAGCGUCACAUCGCAAAUCAUAUUCCUCUCGGUUACCGAUAUGAUCCGCUGAUGCAAGCCGCGAGUAUGCAAGCCGUGCAGUCGAUCAUUGAACAGUUCAAACAGACUCAGCAAACUAGGUUUACCGAAGCACACUUCGGCGAUCUAAAAUUCGAACAACACUGUGUGCAGUGUGGCUAA